AAAAUUAAUAAUUUAAUAUCUAAUGUUGAAUUAAUAAAGACUUGAUCAAUAAGAGACUUUAAGAAAUGAGUAUUAAUAGACAAGACCAAUUUCUUAGUAGUUUGUAUACACAAGUGGAGUAUAACAAGUAAAAUUAACUAAUUAAUUAUGAUAGGUUCCUUUUGUUGGUCAAUAAGUAUAGCAAGAGGAAUUUGUAUUUGACGGAAGAAAUUAAGCAUUUAAUCAAUAAGGAGUUCAAUUUCCUAAUAACUUUGUAACAGCAUAAGUCACAAACUAUCCCACCAUUAAUGUAAUAUUAAUCUAUUAAAAUGUUAGCCUUGCAAUCCUUGUUAGGCAUCACCAUUACAUAUGCAAAUCGUAGUUGUAAACAGAGAAGAAAUAGAGGCUCCCUGGAGAUUGGAGUGCGAGUAUCUUCAAUCAGUUAUCACUGAACUUGAAGCCAGAUAAUUAGAAACAAAAAUCGUUGAAAAAGUAAUUGAAAAGGAGAAGAUUGUUAAGGAUACUGAAUCCAUUUCCUAAUUAGAGAAUGAAUUGAAUAGAUUAAGAUUAAGUAAUUAACAGGAAGUAAGCGAUUUGAGAAGAUAAAUUUCUGAAUUGCAGAUGUAAAAUGCAAAUUUGAAUAAUUAAUUAAAAUAAAAGGAUUAAGAACUAUUACUCAUUAAGACAAGUUCAAGUUCUAGCGAAUCAAGAUAUAAGCAAUUGGAAGCUGAGUUGUAAAAUUGGAAGAAUCAAUGCAGAAGCAAAGAUUAAGAAUUGGCUAUGUUAAGAGAUUAAGUCUAGGACUUAUAAGAUGCAAAUAGUAAAUUACAAAUGGAAUUGAGUUCACUGAGGUUGAUCAUCCAAUAAAAGGAUAAUGAAUUAGAAAAAUAUAGAGUUACAUCACUUGAAUUGAGAUCAGCAGCCAAUGAGAGUAGAGAUGCUUAAUCAAGAAUUAGGGAAUUGGAAAUGGAAGUUAAUAAUUUGAAGGGUUUAUUGUAUUAGAGAACUACUGAAUGUGAAGACUUAAGAAAUCAAUUAGCACUUAAUGACAAAGAAUAUAGUUCUAAACUUAAUUAAUACAGAUUCUAAAUUAGUGAUUUGGAGUAAGAAAUUUUGAGAUUGAAAACUGAAAUUGAAAAAUUAAGAUAAUUGUUAGCCAAUAAGGAUCAUGAAAUUGAUGAUUUGCAUAUGAGAAUCUAAUAUUUGGAAGAAUAAGGAACUACCGUUGUCUAAGAAAAGGUCACUUUCUUAAGUUCAGAAAUUGAAGUCUGGAAAUAGAAGUUCAUCAAAAUUAAUCAUGAUUAUAAUGAAUGUUAAGAACAAUUGAUGAUGGCAUAAGCAGAAUUAGAGGCUCUUCAGAAGUAAUAAAAGAAGGUAUGAUUCAAUAUUUAUAGUAAUUAGGAAGUAGUUGUGGAAAAGAGAACUGUAACAAGAUCAACAGUUGGUAGCAGCAGUAUUCAAAAAUAAUAUUGAUAAUGAAUCAUAC